GGAGGCAGGGGGAAGGGAGUAACCCACUCACAGCAAUAGACUAGAGGAGGAUGGCAGCAGCAAUGCACAGAGAGCAGAUCUGAGGCAGCUCUCUCCACCAGCACCUGGGGUGACUGUCCUGCCUGGUACACGUGGGUCUCUAUGAGUGCCUACACCCAUCUCUGCCACUGGAUCCCUCUGACAGAUCCCACAGAUCUCCUGCUAACCUCCCCUCAGCCUGGGAUAGACUGCUGGACUGUGCAAGCCUAUUGAGCCAGAUUCUCCUUCAGAUCAGAUGUGAGUCCUCUGUUGAGUGGGACGCAGAUGCCUUGGCGCUUAGGGUGGCACAGAUUUACUGUAGAUUCCCUGAUUUGCCGUCCUGGUGAUUUUUAUAAGGCGAGCACAUUUUGAUUCUCUGUGAAGAAGCCGAGGUUGUGCACUUUGUGAAUGUUGCCACAUCUGGCCGCCCUCGCUUGUGAAACUUUUCUUUUUCUUUUCUGGUUCUUCCUUUUCUCUCUUUUUCUUCUCUCUUACAACUGAGCUUCCGCCGUCUCUUUAAAAGAAAAAAAAAGCUUAAAAAACAGGAACUCCACUGUGACCGAAGACAGAAGCUGACUGUGAACUUGAGAAGCGUUCCGAUCAGCUAGAACCAGCAAACUCUAGAAACAACAACCCCAAAAAUUGUAAAAAUGCCUCCCUGGGUUGGAAGACAGCGCAUUUGCUAGUACGGCGGGGGAGAAUGCAGCGUUGCUUCCGCAGGAUUCUCUGGGACUGAAGGUACGCUGCAGCUUUAUGACGCCUGGGCUGUACAUUGCUCAGAGUAAAGGUCCUGCCUUGGUUGGGCUGUGCUAAGACGACUUGCCUUACCUCUUUUUUUCCAAUGCAAGGCGUGGGAGCUUGCAGGAUUAUCUGUCAUUAGCCAAUGCUCAAACUCACGUUGACCAUGAGGACUCUCCGCAGGUCGAAAUUCAUGAGUUCGCCCAGCCUCAGUGACCUGGGUAAGAGAGAACAGGCAUCCUUAGAUGAACGGGGGACACAACAGAAGCAGGCGGGUUCCAACGCCACCUGGAACAGUAUCCACAAUGGAGUCAUCUCUGUGUUUCAGAAGAAAGGGCUGCUUGAUCAUGAACUCUACCAUUUAAAUGAAGGAGUCAGACAACUGUUGAAAACUGAACUGGGAUCAUUUUUUACGGAAUACCUUCAGAACCAGCUUCUCACUAAGGGGAUGGUGAUUCUCCGGGACAAAAUCCGCUUUUAUGAAGGGCAAAAACUCCUCGAUUCCUUAGCAGAAACCUGGGAUUUCUUUUUCAGCGAUGUACUACCAAUGCUACAGGCCAUUUUCUACCCUGUCCAGGGGAAGGAGCCCUCCAUCCGCCAGUUGGCCCUGCUGCAUUUCAGGAACAUAAUCACCCUAAAUCUCAAACUGGACGAUGCCUUAUCCCGGCCACGAGCUCGCGUGCCUCCCUCCAUCAUUCAGAUGCUGCUAAUACUCCAGGGCGUUCACGAAUCCAAAGGCGUGACGGAGGAAUAUCUGAACUUGGAGGGGCUCAUUCAGAAGGUGGUCUCCCCGUAUCUUGGUACAUAUGGACUGUACUCUAGCGACGCGCCAUUCACACAUUCCUCCUGCAUCCUGGAGAAACGAAUGUUCAGGCGAUGCCCGAAGUCUGGCGAGAUCAUCACUAAGAACCCGGUGGUGCGGUCCAAGAGCUACAAUAAUCCCCUGCUGACUCCGGUGGCCGAGUACGAAAUGGAAAACCUUGCAACCAACGGGACUGGUAUCCGGAGACACUCAGUGUCGGAGAUGACCUCUCUCCUAGAGAUGCAAGGAUACUCCAACCUGACCACCAUCCUGGACUCCAGCUCCAAACUCUCCAUGUCUGCCACCAAAACACAACCACCGUGUGAGCUGGAGCGGCCCGCCAUGGCCAAUGGACAGUUCCCACAGAUACAUAAUAAUAACAGCGAACCUCAACAAGGACUUCUACACAGCCAGCGCUCAGGAGACGACCUGUCCAGAGACUCCACAAUGCUUCCCGCUCCUUCCUCCAGCCCAGAGACAAUAGUCGACCAGAUCUUAGAAUCCAUAGACUCGGACUCUGAAGGGAUUUUCAUAGAUUUUGGACGGGGCUGCUCUAAAUCUUCCGGAUACACCGUGGACGUUGGCAGACAGAGCCUUGUAUAGAACACUUCUUAGAUUUCUUAUUUUUCUUUUUAUACGUUGCCCUUACUUCGGGUGAGGUUGGGUGUGAGAUAUAGGUUCCUGCCCAAUUAAAGAAGAACUACACUCAAAA